CGAGGUGAUAAAAAAUGUUGAAAGGGUUCUUCCGUAUAACUUUUGUAAAUAUAUGUAUUUAUAUAUAUACAUAUUAUAUAUCGGAGUUAAUUCUUUCUUGUGUCGUCUAAAUAAAAAUGAACUACAGUACAUAACAAUUUAUUGAAAAUUGCUGAAAUGUAUCAUACUAAAUUUCUAUUAGUUCUUGUUUAGAAUUUACAAGGAAAUAGAUUUCAUGUAUUUAUACCGGCAGUACUGUUUUUCUAACCUAUUAAGCAAAAAAAAAAAUCUAUAAACUGUUUAUUAUUAUAAAUUUUCACUAGUGUGUCAUACAAAAUUUGUCGAGAUGACUUACUUUGUAACCAGGACAUUUUCAUUUCAAUUGAGGAAGGGACGGAAUGUUCUAAAACCACUGGUUACAUGUUUUCCUAGGCACCCAUUAUCGACAAAACUUGAACCUCGGCAAGAAACUGCAGAUGUUUCAGACAUUAUAAAAGAAGAAAAUCCUUUGGACCAUUCAGAUUUUUUUCGUGUUCAUAAUAUGUUUACAGUUCAGGACUUAUUUAACGCAAGAGUACAUUUUGGUCAUAAGGAAGGUUCCUUGGAUGAUUGUAUGAAGCCAUUUAUAUUUGGCUCAAGAUUAGGACACUUAAUAAUUGAUUUAGAUCAAACUGCAGAGUUGUUACGACAAGCGUUAAAUAUUGCUGCUCAUAUAGCAUUUAGAGGUGGAAUCAUAUUGUUUGUAGCAAAAAAUCCUCAAAUUGCUUAUUUAGUAGAACAGACUGCAAAAGAAUGUAAGGAAUAUGCGCAUACUAGAAAGUGGAAACAUGGAAUAUUUACAAAUUCUGAAUCUCAAUUUGGAGCAAUUACUAGAUUACCAGAUUUGUGCAUAUUUCUUAAUACUAUGGAAUCUGUUGUUCAUCAACACGUAGCAGUGGUACAUUCAGCCAAAAUGACUAUACCUACAAUUGGCAUUGUCGAUACAAAUUGUAAUCCAAAUCUUAUAACGUAUCCUGUUCCUGGAAACGAUGAUACACCUUGUGCUAUAGAACUUUAUUGUAAACUAUUUAAAAACGCAAUAAUGAGAGGAAAAAACUUCAGAAAUGAAAUAAAAACGAAACAUGAUUUCAUAUCGUAGUAAGUUGCUCUUGUUAAAUUUAUUUGUACUUGGUUCGAAAACUACGUCUUGAAUUCCCUCAAAAUAAUGGAAAGAAGAUUUUGUACAGUAUGAAUUAGUUUUAAAAAAAGGAAUAAAUAUUCUGUAACGUAAA